AUUUCGCACCAACGAAAGCUUGUCUCCAAAUUAGAGAUUCUUCUUGCUUCUGCUAGAGAAAAUCAGUCGCGCUUGCAAGACCUAUUGGAUAGUAAAAACAAAGAAUGCGAGACUUUACGCAAAACUCGGGAUGCUAAUCCCUCAAAUGGGCUUGAACUCGAUUCUGAUAGAUUAAGGCCCAAUACGCUGGCUCCAAUUAGCACAGUGGCCAUGAUCCCAACUGCCCACAGUACACCAUUGGAUCAAAAUGAAAUCGCAGAAACGAACAAGCUCUUCUAUAAUCGCGUGGAGCCCUCAAUAACAUCGGCCAUCUCGUCUAUAAGUGAUAUUUCUAGCUCUUCUUUUCUUUCCAGGAAUUCGGAACGCAGUUCACCUCCAACAAUGAAGGUGACACAAAUCUAUGAGCCUGGGCAUCACACAGUUCAAACCCCACCUUAG